AUGACCCAGGGCAAGCUGUCUGUGAACAACAAGCCCCCCAACCCUGAGGGGCAAGGGGAGAAGAAGGACAAUGCCACAGCUCCACCAGCCCCUCCAACCUACGAGGAGGCGACAGCAGGAGAGGGGAUGAAGGCCAGCGCUUACCCUCCUCCCCCAUCGGUCCCGCUCCACCCCAGCUGGGCUUACGUCGACCCCAGCACAAGCCCCAGCUAUGGCAGCGGUGGGUACCCCGGGGACACGGAGAUGCUCACGACCUUCAGCUGGGAUGACAGGAAUGUGCGCAGGGUGUUCAUCAGGAAGGUUUAUGCCAUCCUGAUGGUCCAGCUCUUGGUGACUCUUGUUAUUGUGGCUUUCUUCACCUUCUGCGAACCGGUCAAGGGGUACAUUCAGACACAUUCUGCUUGGUACUGGGCUUCCUAUGCUGUUUUCUUUGUGACCUACUUGAUUCUUGCUUGCUGCUCUGGACCCAGGAGGUAUUUCCCAUGGAAUCUGAUCCUGCUGAGCAUCUUUACCCUCUCCAUGGCUUAUCUCACUGGGAUGCUUUCCAGUUACUACAAUACCAAGUCGGUCCUUCUGUGUCUGGGGAUCACAGCCCUGGUGUGUCUGUCUGUCACCAUCUUCAGCUUCCAGACCAAGUUUGACUUCACCUCCUACCAGGGUGUCCUCUUUGUGAUGCUCAUGGUGCUCUUCUUCGGUGGCAUCAUUCUGGCUGUGAUACUGCCCUACCAAUACGUCCCCUGGCUCCACGCGAUCUAUGCUCUGCUUGGUGCCAUUAUCUUUACUAUGUUCCUGGCUUUUGAUACCCAGAUGCUGAUGGGGAAUCGUCGGUACUCACUGAGUCCAGAAGAAUACAUCUUUGGAGCUCUCAAUAUCUACCUGGACAUCAUCUACAUCUUCUCCUUCUUCCUCCAGUUCUUUGGCUCCAGCCAGGAGUGA